AUGGAGCCACUCCCGUUGUGUUCAGAUAAUCCCAACUACUUCAAUGACGAUGGUGCGUCGGUCGCCGUCUCGGAGCAGAAGAAACACCGAUUCUUCCAUCUGAAGCGCCUGGUGACCUACUCGAAGCUAAAACGCUCGGCCACGAUCGAGGGCGAUCGGGCGGGAUAUGCGGAAGCCACCAGCCCCGCCCGUGGUCCAUCCUCGAUCUAUCGCUACCGAAGCAACAGCGCGUCAUGUUCGGGCGUCUCACCGGAUGUGGCGUCGGGGCCCUUGGCGGGAUCUCCACCAUCUGCCGUUCCACCAUCGGUGCCGUUUGCGACCGGCCGAGCGGGGACGCUACCAGAACGCCGCCGACAUUCCUUCGGGACAACGACGCAUCGCCAGCAGGCGCAGCUUCAUUCGCACCAUCAACAGCAACAGCAACAGCAGCAGUUGCAACCAUUCGAGCACAAUGGCGGGCGCGAGGGCAUGUUGAAAAAUGAAACCUCCAUCGAUGAGGUGCCCAACUCACCUGCCCCCAAGGCCCCCUGCCAUCCCGUGGGCAACGCAUCCGAUUCGGGUAAGUUGCCAGUGGCCGCGAUGGACGUGCUGUUUGUGACGGCACGCCACAGCGAACAUGGCAUGCUGUGGGUGAACCAUCUGAAAGUUUGCUUUGACAAGAUCACCAAACAACGUGGCCGACUUCCGUUCAAGUUUCUGCACGUCAAACUCGACGAGGACGCCAUCCCGCAGCCGGUUCACGUGAUGCAGCAGUGCGAAUCGACCAAGCUACAGAUAGUGGUGCUGUGUCCGGCCAUGUUGGGCCUUUCAUCGAUGCUUUUGCACGCGAAACUUAGCUCACUGCUUAACCCGAACCGUGUCCUUGGCAUGCUGCUCGAUGUGAGCGAAAGUGCCGCUAGUGAGUUUGCUAAAACUGCCCUGCCAGGAUAUGGCCGUUGGAGGACGUGUUCGGUGCGCGAAAAGGAUACGGCUUUUGUGAGCGAGCUGCUUGGCAUUGCUACCGAUAUCCUUGGGAAGGCGUUGCGCCAACAGACGGUGUUACAGCGCACGCCAUCGGGUUCGGAACCGAAGACACCUACGACCCCGACAGGACCGAUGGCAGGAGCGUUGCCGAUCACCGCAGGACACCGUUCCCACGAGGCGUUUGUGUUGUUCCCGCGCAAGGUGAAGGUGGGCCAGAACAAGAUCCUGCUGAUCCUGCACGAACCGCUCACGAAGGAGGAUUGGAUAAAGAUCAAGGUGGAAAAGGCGGACCAAACGAUCGAGAUAACGAACAUCAAGCGGCGCAAUCCCUACACCAUUCAGUUCUGUGUGCCAGAAAUCUGUAUGGAGAUCUCGAUGAUGAUUAAGAUACGGUUGGAGAAGAACAACGUCGAUCUCGGGUAUCGUCCGCUCAAGUGUGAGAGCCAGAUGCGUGAGCUUGAGCAGAUCCUGUCGUCGAAGGACGCCCCGAUGGAGCUGAUCUGUCAGUCGGUUGGUCUCUCGACGACCGAUCGGGACAAACUCGAUCUGCUGUUGCUGAAGGGCUUUCUGAGGAACGUUCCACCGAACUACAACCUGCUGAAUUACGGCGGUGCUAGUGAUGUCGGGAUGGGAUGCCAUCGUGACAUCUAUCCAGAGGAGUACCCAACGCUGCUGCACUUUGCUGCCAAAUGGGGUCUUGAGCGGCUGUGCAUGCAGCUGAUCGAAUCACCUGGUGGAGAGAUUGCGUGUGAAAUGCGAAACAUCGGUGGUCGAACGCCUUCUGACAUCGCGGAAGUUGCGGGUCACUACAAGAUCGCUAGUGCGCUUAAGAACUUCUCGCAAAUGAACGAGCUGACAACGAUGUACCACUACUUCAAGGGCGUCAGUGGCCCAGACCAGGUGAUGAUCCAGCCAAAGCAACCUGCGGCCCAGAAUAAAACCGAUGCCGAGAAGAUCCUGUCCCACGUGCAUGCGCUCAAGCAGGCCGAAGGAUACAUCGAUAUGAGCUGCGCUAAUGGAGCGGAUCAGGUUGACGCCGGUGGUCGCGAAGUUGCCAACAUGCACUACCUGAACGAACACUCAUCGUCGGUAGGUGGCGAGUUAACACCACCCGGACCGGACGAAAAGGACGUGUGUGGUGAGAAUGAGCACAACUUCGAUGUAGCCUGCAAGACACCCGAACUUCGGCGGUGUAAUGGUCGACCCGGUGAGUUAGCAAAGUAUGACAUCUUCAGCAACGAAUGUUCGGAUUUGUUGGAGAGCUGUGAGGCUGGUUCGACCGCAUCGACUGAUGGCGCCAUCGGAGGAAAUGGAGACUACCUGUUGCAACCCUCAAACGCCCCUUAUACUCCACCCAGUCAGUCACCACCACUCGCAACCGCCGCGUGUGAUGAUGCAGCCAGUGAUUACAUGAUACAACCGUCCAACAUCCCGGUGCAUCCGUAUUGUAACGUGCCGGAACCAACGGACGAGCGGUCCACGCGACAGGACGACCAGACCAGCGGUUCACACGUGCGGUUGAGCUUCCGCAAGGAGCAACCAACCGAGGACACGUACGGUACGACGACUGCGGGUGUGCCACGACCAGUGCAGGAACCCCGAGCUGGCCGGUCGGUUGAUGAUGAGCUGCUCGAGAUCAUCUCCGACUUCAAGAACAACGUGUUCUCGAUUCAGGAGGUCGAACAGUUGGUGACACUGUGGAAAAACCGCAACGACGUGCAGCGCAGCUUCCGCGAGAAGCAGGACCAGCUGCAGUGGAUGCGAGAGCACUAUGAGCAGAUCCAGCGCGAGCUAAAGGACAAACUGAAGCGUCCGACACCGUUCGAACGCAUGAGGAGUUUCUUCUCGCGUACGAAACCCUCUGGAAAGGGGAGUGGAUCGAAGCGUCGUGGUGAGAAUGCCACCGGUUCGACUUCCGGUGAACGUGCAACGCCGGAUGUGUGCGAUGAAAUCAAGUUCUCGCUGGGUGGUGGUACGUCAGGAAGCGCGUACGCCGUCGUAAGACCACAGAGUCUUUCCCUGAGUCUGCACAGUAUGGCAAGUGAUAGCUCGGAACCAACCGGAAGUCGCGCUUCAUCGUCGGGUGGCAUCACACCCACCGAGAGUGCUGGAGAUCGACGGCUUUCUCACAGCAAGUCCUGGCCCAAGGGUACACCGGAGAACGAGAAUUACAUGGUGCCACCAUCACCGCGGCCUGUUAGUGAGGAACUUCAGCUAGUGCGAGGUGUCCGGUUGGGUUGUGGUACACUCGUUGGAACAUUAAACCGAUGCAGCAAUGGCAGCUGUUCUAGCACCGCUAGCAGUCAUAGUAGCCAUAGCAGCAGUGGUGGCAGUGCUGGCUCAGGAUGGACUAAUUCCGGACCGCGACAGGAGGCCCACUACGUCAUGUACCCGUCAAAUUUGCCUGUGACACAGGGUGGCAGUAUCAGCGGUUCAGAAUACAUGAACGUACCAGCUGGCAAGGACGAAGAGCGAGUCCUGGCACGUCCCAAACUGGGCCGAAGCUCGAGUGAUGCAGGUGGACAGCAUUUGGUCACCUUCCAGUCGAUCCUGGAGUGCAACGAGAACGCCGACAGUCCUGACAGUGUCACCUGAACACGCGACCUGAACACUCCAGCUCCCAAAGGACUUCCAAAAAGGCAUACUGACAUGAUACCAUUUACCGUCUCCAGACGGCAGCUCUAGCUUGUAAGAGACGUAUCCAAA